UGCGGGGGUGACUGGAGUGAUGGGAUGGGGCCAGAGCCCCAUGGAGUUCGGGUAGACCCGUCUCCGGCCCAGCUCCCCAGCCCCCUCCGCCAUCAAUAUCGUCACAGCUCCUGCCAGCGUCGCAGAGGGCCACCUCGAUCGCGAUGGAGGCCUCUAGCAAUCAACAACAGAAGGAGAAGGAGCCACGUGUUCAUAGGCCUUACGCCUUCGAUAAGAUGGAGGGGCUGGUGCGGGAGAUGCAAGACCCUGAGAACGGGGUGCCCGUGCGCAGCCAAAAACAAUUUCUCACCUCAAUCCCCUCAGCUUUCAUGGGUUACGAUCUCAUCGAGUGGCUGAUGGAGCGGCUUUCUAUCGAGGAAUCAGUAGAGGCGGUCCAUAUUGCCAAUCAACUCUGCCAGUAUGGCUACUUCUUCCCGGUAAAUGAUUCCAAGACACUCACCGUAAAGGAUGAUAGUUCUCUGUAUAGAUUUCAGACACCAUAUUAUUGGCCAUGGCAACACAGAACCCCUGAUAAUGUGGAGUAUGCGAUUUAUCUGGCUAAGAGAACUUUAAGAAACAAGCAACGCCAUGCUCUUGAGGAUUACGAGAUCGAAGCUUUGAGCAGCUUACGUAGGAACCUGCAGAACAAGUGGGAUAUUAUACAACUGCAAGCCGAGGAACAGGUGCGACUCUCGAAGGAGCGGAAAAAAGGGGACAAGAUUGUGAGCGAUUCCCAAGAACGAGCCUUUUGGAGGGUUUACAGGCCGCCGCCUGGUUGUCUCAGUAGCCUUGAAACAGCGCCCGUGCCCACGCGUUUUCGUCCAGGACUUUCGCGUCCUCCGUCGCGCAAACGUACCUUAAACGACCUGCAGCGCGAGGUGGCCUUUUUGGAGAACAGCUUAACACGCACAAGAAUAAAAGUUUCGACAGCAAUUGAGAAUUUGAAGUCGUACUUCGAGACGUAUGUCGAAUAUGACCCAAUGUUUGUACAACCGCAACCAUCCAAUCCUUGGAUCACCGACGAUCAAACAUUUUGGCAACUAAACAGCUUCGUAGUGGAAGUUCCAACGGAGAAACGUGUUAAACGUUGGGCUCUAUCGAUGGAGGAGUUAAUGUCUGAUCCCACGGGUCUGCAAGAGUUCACAAAUUACUUAAGGAAAGAGUACAGUCACGAGAACAUACGAUUUUGGUUGGCAGUUAAGGACUUAAGACACAGUUUUCAAGCACAAAUACACAAUAAAGUCAACGAAAUCUUCAAGGAAUUCCUGGCACCUGGAGCCCCCUGCGAAAUAAAUAUUGAUGGGAAGACAAUGGAGAAAGUCCAUCAAGAAAUGAGACAUCCAAGCCGAUUUACAUUCGAUUCCGCUGCUGAGCACGUUUAUACGCUACUUUUGAAGAAGGAUUGUUAUCCUAGAUUUAUUCGCUCUGAUCAAUAUCGAAACCUCUUAGCAGCUGGUGUGCAGCCUUUACAAAAAAAGAGGUUUUUUGUCUUCGGUGGACAAGCCAAGAAGAAAGUUUCUUCCACCUCGACCACAACGCCUAGCACUUUGCAACAUGCUGUAGGUAGUACGGCCGGUGGUAAACGUAGAGGAAGCGAUCGAAGUCUAUCCGGAUCUGCCCACGAGUUAGCCGUCUGCGGUGUUCGAGAUACUACAUCGACACCCCGAGUGCCACAUUCACACAGUCAGUCGAAUCUCACCGACAUACCAUACAG